AUGGGAAUAAACCAUCGAGGAGACCACAAGCGUAGGAAGACGGGAGCAAAGGCUGUAAUCAGCCGCAAGAAGCGCAACAACAGGGCAGGAUCUCAGCCGAGUGCAACAAAGAUAGGGGAAAGGAGGGUGAUUCCUGUUAGAGUGAGAGGUGGAAACAAGAAAUAUAAGGCUUUGAGGCUGGAUGUUGGGUACUUUCGAUUCCCCAGCACUGGGAAGACUAGAGCAUCCAAGCUUCUGCAGGUUGUGUACCAUCCCAGCUCCAACGAUCUUGUUCGUACCAAUACUCUAACGAAGAGCUCUGUUGUUAAGAUUGAGGCAGAACCAUUCAAAGAGGAUAUCGAGACGAUAGGAAGCAGCACUGAUCCUGAGUUGCAUGAGAAUUUUGAAAAAGGACAUCUAUAUGGAAUCAUCACCUCAAGACCUGGGCAGGCAGGAGCAGCUCUGGGACAUGUUCUGCAGGGAAGCGAGCUGAAGUUCUAUACCGAGAAGUUUAACAAGAAGUCCAAGGAGACUCGAAAAUAA